GGAUCGGCACCAUACCACGAGGCCAAGAUGGCGCAUGUCAAUUUGAUGAUUGACACCAUCAUCGCCAACCUACCAGAAGAAGGGCUGCGGUCGGUGCUCAGAUCUAUGCUUGCGGCAGAUCCCACGAUUACGCCGACAUUCGAAGACCGAACGAGGGUUUAUUUGGAGAAGUCUUCCUCCAUGGAUGUCGAGGAGAAAUUCUUCAAAUCAGGCAAGAAUCACGCUGAGCAGACCGCCGAAUUUCACAGUGCUCAACAACGUCUUCGUUGCAUGCUGGGGUGCGGCAUGUGCUAUGAAAGCAUUCCACUUUUGACAGCGAUUGUACAACAGGCGUCGAGUCUACAGCAGCUUCCAUCAUGUCUGGAGCAGGCAUUAUCUGCGGUGGAUGGCGACAUCGUUCAGGCCAUCACCGCGAUACAAAAGACCCUGCUGAUGCCCUCUGGAACAAGAAGCCUGACCGGGCUCGAAAAGACUCCCAUACUACGCUUAGAGAAAGCUUUAUGUCAGUGCCAAGACGUAUGCAUAGCUUCACAUCAACCCUUUCCAUUCGAGAGGGGCUUGACUGCCCUGCAGGCAUCGUCAUUGUCUUCCGAAGAUUCGAACGCCAGCUCCCCGGUGAACGGUACACACUUGAUCCAUCUCAUCUCGGUGCCUCCAUUGCCCGCUAGCGUCGAGACAUUCCAGCUCGGCGAUCGCUCAUUACCCAGACUAUUCUCUGGUCUCUGGCAACUGUCCAGCCCAUCAUGGGGGACUACAUCAACACACAAGAUCAAGAAACAGUUCCAGAGAUAUGCAGCACAAGGCUUCACCGCCUUCGAUAUGGCCGAUCAUUACGGCGAUGCUGAAGUCAUUUUUGGCAAAUUCAGAGCAUCUUGCUCGCAGCCGGAAGCGGUCUUUGGCGCUACAAAGUGGUGCAUCUUCACUCCGACGCAGGUGACAUCCGAGCUGGUCCAAGCCAAUGUCAGCGAGCGCUGUGGAAGAAUGUCUUCGGACCAUGUCGAUCUCCUCCAAUUUCACUGGCAAUUCUACAAUGAUCCACAAUAUAUCAAAGCUCUCAAACUGCUGCAGGGCGACCAGAGAGUGCACAAGCUUGGUCUGUGUAAUUUUGACACUCAACGUAUGGCAGAGAUUGCUGAAGCGGAUGUCAAGAUCUAUACAAAUCAAGUACAAUUCUCCCUCGUCGACUCACGCCCCGCAUACAAGAUGGGCGACAUUUGCAUGAAGCAUAACAUCAAGCUUCUCACAUAUGGCACGCUGCUGGGGGGAUUCAUUGCCGAAAAGUGGCUCGACUCACCCGAACCUGAGUUGUUCUCGAACGACAUAACACCAAGUCAGCGAAAGUACUACGAAAUGAUCCUCAAUUGGGGCAGCUGGUCGCUGUUCCAGGAGCUGCUUCGCGUGUUGAAGACCAUCGCUGACAAGCACAGCGUUUCGAUCACCAACGUUGCCACAAGAUGGGUCCUGGACUUUCCUUACGUUGGCGCUGUGAUUGUUGGGACGAGAUGGGGAGUGAGUGAUAAUGCUGAAGACAAUCUCAAGACCUAUGGUCUGAAGCUGGACGAUACCGAUCGAGCAAUGAUAGAAGAGGUCCAGACCAGAACCAGAAGAGACCAACUCAUCGACUUACUUGGCGACUGUGGAGGAGAGUAUCGUUGA